AUGUCGCUCCUAUCGCGGCUCACGGGGAAGAACCCCGCCGUCUUCGAACACACCAAGUUGACCUCGCACGAUAAUAUCGACGACGAACUACGAAUUCCUACAGUCCGGCGACGAGAAUCUCCGCCAUGGGCCCCGCGGCGAUGGACACCUCUUUUCCUCCGACGAUCCAUUCUGUCGCUGUUCUUGUCGGCAUUUCUCCUCGUGGCUGUCGCGCUUGCGGUGCUCUUCUACGUCGCAAAGAAGGACAAUGGUAUAGUCGAGGUUCGAGAGGAUCUAUCUUACCUGUGGGUAUUUGGCCCGACGAUUGUUUUCAUCGCCAUUGCAGCCUUUUGGACCCAGGUCGAAUUUCGAACGAUGCAAAUGAUGCCAUGGAUAAUCAUGGCCAAAGGUCACGCAUCAGCCCACGAAAGUGUCCUACUCGAUUAUGUUUCCAUGUGGAAUGUCGCAGCCAUGUUUACAGCAGCCAAGCGAAAGCACUGGGUCGUCUCGAUUGUGGUUCUGGGAACACUUCUAGUCAAAGUGCUCAUUGUGCUAUCCACAGGUCUCUUCGUGAAACAGGACAUCAUAACUGAGAGCUCGGCGACCUUCACCCUGGCCUCUACUCUCGACGACUCAUCCUUCACCGACGCCUUCCAGCAGACUGCGCCUGCCGAUUCGUAUUUCGUCAGCGUAGGUAUCGUCUCCCAGAACCUCUCGAGCCCCGUCGGGACCCUAAACAACCUUGUAUAUGAAACGGUGAAUGUCGACAACUCUACCAACGUGACGUCUACAGUCGACGUGAAGGUGUUGUCGCUAACGAUGACCUGCGAAUCUGCGAAAUUGUUGCCAUACGACCCUAGCAGCCCCGGAAAUACCUGGAAUGACACCAUGCAAAUUGAAAGUGCCACCUGCAAGAAUGCCAGCUGGUGGACGAACAUGAAUUUCACCCAAGAGGGUGAUGGCUACUUCCUCUGGAACAGCCCAGGGUGCUGUUCUUGCCGUGACCAGGGUGCAGUGGCUCUCCUGGAGGCGAGCACCAUCUCCAAUCGAUAUUCCUACGACUGGCGACUCAUGAUGUACGGUGGUAAUCGUAAACCCGGAGGUGACCGUACUGUUCUGAUCAACCCAACAUUUGAUACUGUCGAUUUCCAACCGCUCAUAUGCAAACCUUCACACAUGCUUCACCAGGGAAGAGUGGUCUUCCAGCCAGGAUUGGAUGCGUCUGCGCCUCCGGCGCAGACCGAGCUCGGGGAUCCCACCAACAUCACGACAAUAGAUAACAAUAUUGCCCAAAGGUUGUUCCUGCGGGCUUACAAGGCUUUCUACAACGGGAACGGAGGCCAGUUAGACACGGCCUACUUGAUCGAUCCUGGGUGGGAUGGAGAUCAUUCCUUAUUCUUUGACCCAGACUAUCUUGCCCAGCAGGCUCAGAACACAUUACCGGUAAUGAUGGCCCAGGUGGCAAAGGACAACAUCCUGACGCCAUCUGAUUCAGUCGCUGAAGGCAGUGUUUCAUCGCGACAAUCACGACUCUCCAUCCGGACACUGUCGUUCAUUGCAACUCAAGUCACAUUGGUACUUCUGUGCUUUAUCUCAGGUUGUCUGAUUUGGUCCGAUAUCCGCGAUGUCUGUCCUCGGGAUCCGGUAACAAUUGCCGGGCUCAGCACGAUCCUGGCUCCGAGCACAAAUUUGAAUACUCUCCUUCGCGACUCUGGCGCGUACUCGGUCGAGCAGCUUGAGAAACUGCUAAGUGGCCACUGGUUCCGAACCGAGACGCAAACUGGAACCCGCUUUUCUAUCGAAUGCGAGGCUACGGCAGUUGAGCCACACAGCACAGCGUUGCUUUGCGGGCAGCGCGAUGUCGCUUGGUGGCGACCAGUAACGGCGAGAUGGCCACUACGCGCUCUUACAAUCCUGGCUCCCAUCAUAUUCAUCGGCGGCCUGGAACUCCUUUAUCAGGUUUCAGCCAAAAAUGACGGCCUGGCAAGCACAAGCACAGAAAGCGUCAUGUACUACACUUUCAUCUACGUGCCAGCGCUCCUUGUGUUUGUGGUCCGGACCAUCUAUGACAUGCUGGACUUCACCGCUCGCACCGCUCAACAGUACCACCUCCUGGCUAGAGGGAACGCCGAUGCAGAAGGAAGCAUCUUUCAAAACCAUCAUCGACGAAUCCCGAUUCUGGCGUUUCUUUCCGCGCUCAAACGUAAACAUUGGGCCGUCAUAUCGUCCACUUUUGCAGUUCUCAUAGCGCCGGUGCUAUCCAUUACAGUGUCUAGCUUGUUCACAUCCUUCGACACAACGACGACUCAAUCGGUCAAUCUGGUGCAACAAAGCCGCUGGAACAUCAGCGACCCAUCCAGUGGCAUAUACUACACCCCAGACUGGUACCCUGGGAUCGAGAUCAGAGACAGCCUUUUGGGCAUCAACCUCUACGCUGGGCAGCAGGCUCUGACUGGCGGCCUCAUUGAAAACUUCAAUCUCUCGUAUCCACAGUGGACGUAUGAGCGCUUUGUGUUUCCUCACUUUGAUUUGCAAUCCGGCACAAAAGUCACAGCGAAUUUGACCAAGAGACAGGUCCGAAGUCGUGUUCCGGCGUUGCAAGGUAACCUGAACUGCAACCACACGUCUGGUACCUCCUCCUUUGCUAAUGAUGUGUUUUCUUUCGAUGGUUUCCAGUUCGGUUCUCAGGAGGAUAAUUGUGGAUAUCCGGAAGCUUUGUCGUUCCAGAACUACGACAGACAGCGGCCAUCGUAUGACUUUGAAUUCUACAAUCAGACGGGGAAUAACGCCAGCGUGGGUACAGUGGACCUUACGUCAAGGCCGGACUGUCCAACCAUUGUCUUCAUGCUGGCAGAGAUUGAUAGUGGCAACAGCACCAAAGCAACUGUACUACAAUGCCGGCCGCGCAUCGAACUUCUCGACGUUGAUGUCCUGCUAGACUAUCCUUCGUGGCAAUUCGACGUGAACAGUCCACCACAGGCAGUGCCUGGUUCCGAGACGGUUUUGUACGAUGGCUACUUCAACUCAACCCGGGGCGGCGAUGUCUUUCCCGGCAUUGAAGAGUUCCAGGUGAUCCUUCUCAGUCAACAAGGUGGCUUCGACUGGCUCCCCAAGCUUUCAAACCUGACGCAUUUGUCCACUGCCGAAUUAAUGGAUGCGUCAACUCUCAGCAGGGAAAUGUCUCGUCUGUACGGCAUCGUUGUGCCACAGCUAAUCAAUACGUACGCAACCGAGGUCAAUACAAAGCCGUCUGGGGACGAUCCUGGGCAGGCACCGGUGGCGGCAAUAUUGCUCAACCCCACGCAACCGCGAAUCAAGCAGAACAUGAUUGCCACACGCGUCCUCGAGGCAAUUUUCGCAACCAUGGUCGUCUGCGCCCUGUCUAGCAUGCUGUUUGUCGAUACACACAAGGUUAUGCCGAAGAAUCCGUACAGCAUUGCCGCUGUGGCAAGUCUCUUGGCGGGUAGCCGCAUCCUCGAAGCCAUGCCGCCUGGUAGCGAGUGGUGGAGAGACAAGGAGUUGAAGACAAUCGGCAUUUUUGAAGCAAUGAAGUUUCGUAUGGGCUGGUGGAAGCAUCAUGACAUGAGCAGAUUUAUGAUUGAUUAUUACGAGAACGAAGAUGCGUUGGAACAGUACGAGUACCCCUACCAGAGCAGAGGUCCUGCACAAUUAGAAAGCGAGGGCAAGAUCCUAGUGUACGCAUUCGGCGCCUUUGACAGAUACUACAUCUGCUGGCAAGACAAGCAAGGCCAAUACCGACAAGAAAGACACGGUCUCCCACUAGCCCUCGAACGCUGGCUUUUCCCCUUCGACGGGACCACAAGACACCUGGAGACUCUGCAGGUAUCUCUGGGCCACAAUGACGAGUUCUUCGCCUUUGACAAGUACGAUCGGAUCUCCCAUAUCAAUACCGAACUUCGGGACACCCUUCACUCCAUAGGCGCGGGCCUAAGCAGCUACUCAGACGAAAUCGCAACCCCGGCCUCGGCAGUGGCAAGAGGAAGACUGCGCAGAAAGUCACAUACCUUCUCCUUUUCACACUUUGAAAACGCGACGGUGACAGAUAACGACGACCUCAAUCUUCCCACGCAGCGGAGACAGCUGCAGCAGGCCCGCAAAAAGGUGAGGCCACGCAGUAUUGCAACCACAGGCAUCUUGUCUUUUAGGAGCUCUCACGAUCGGCACAGGAGCCACGAUAGCACAUCUGGGAGACAACUGACGACGUGGCCAGAGGUCCAAGCUCAAUCAGUAGUCGAGUCGGGCGAACUUGUUCAGUCGCCAAUCCGUAGACGGCCAUUGUAUACCAAUGCCUGCGUCCAGACGGAGCCGAUCAUCAAGGAGCAGGAGGAGACACAUGAGUGUGCUACCUCCGACACGUCGACUAUGCCUGGGACGUGCGGGUGCUUCCACCAGCACCCACAAAUUGACAAUGACGUGCACAACGCCGAAGUCUCACAAUCGACAUCGAGAUCCCGCGAUAGCUCAAUCUCGAUGUUUUCCGAUAUGUCGUCGCGGACAAUCGAUUCAGCCAUCACCGGGUACUCGAGCACGUCGACAACGUCAUCGUCGUCGACGUAUUUGAGGAACCCAAUAUACAUGGGAGCCAUGAAUCGAUAUUUCAGGGAGAGUCAGUACAGGCUCGGAGAUUCGUUGAUUCGAGGGACAACCUCGAGGAUCGAUGUUGGAGGAGGCAUGUAUCAGUAA